CUAUGCAAGCAAGCGGGCCAAAGAACGCGGUUUCCAAAGAACACGGCUUCCACAUGGAAGGCGCCAGUAAUGGUGGCGUGCAGGUCGUGUCCCGGCGUAUGGUGCGCCCGUUCACAUCGCCGCCGAUGGCGAACGGGAACGGCUGCCAUCCGGCGAAGGAAGAGAUCGAGGUGAUCCACCUCACGCCGUGGGACCUACGCCUGAUCAGCAUCGACUACAUCCAGAAGGGCAUCCUCCUGCCCAGGCCUCCGGUCUCCGGCGUCAGCCUCGUCAACGCCCUCCAGUCCUCGUUCGCGCGUGCCCUGCGCCUGUUCUACCCGUUCGCCGGCCGGCUUGCCGCCGAGGAGCGCGGCGACGGGACCGUGUCCGUCUUCUUGCGGUGCACCGGCCAAGGCGCCGAGUUCGUGCACGCCGUGGCGCCGGGGGUCGCCGCCGCGGAUAUCGUCUCCUCGCUCUACUCGCCGUCCGUGGUCUGGGAGUUCUACCCGCUGGCGCUGGUUCUCGGCGCCGACGCCGCCAUCGGGGCGCUCCCCGUGCUGGCCGUCCAGGUCACCGAGCUCGCCGACGGCGUGUUCGUCGGCAUGACGUUGAACCACUCCGUCGGCGACGGCACCGCCUUCUGGCACUUCUUCAACACCUGGUCGGAGAUCCACCGAGCCGGCGGCGGCGUUGGCGGCAUCACCAGCGACCUGCGCGGCGGUCUCUCCACGCCGCCGCCGGUGCUUCAGCGGUGGUUCCUCGAGGCCUGCCCCGUGCCAAUCCCCAUGCCAUUCAGCAAGCUGGAACACAUCGUGAGGCGAUUCGAGCGCACGGCGGUGCAGGAAUGCUUCUUCACCUUCUCCGGCGCGAGCGUCAGGAAGCUCAAGGCUCGGGCGAACGACGAGAUGGCCGGCACUAUCACCGCCGCCAUCUCGUCGCUCCAGGCGGUCCUGGCGCACCUCUGGCGAGCCGUGUGCCGCGCCCGCCGCCUGCCGCCGGAGCAGGGCACGUUCUACUCGGUAGUCGUCGGGUGCCGUGGGCGCGUCGGCGGCAUACCCCCGGGCUACGUCGGCAACGCCAUGGUGUUCGGCAAGGCGGUGGCCACCGCCGGCGAGAUCGAGGCGAAGGGGCUGGGGUGGACGGCGUGGCUCCUGAACCGCGCGGUGGCGUCGUUCGACGAGGCGAGCAUGAGGGAGUCGCUGGAGCGGUGGGUCCGGGAGCCGGACUUCACGUACGUGGGCAACCUGUCGUCCGGCGGCACGGCGCUGGUGACGGGGAGCUCGCCGCGGUUCGACGUGUUCGGGAACGACUUCGGGUGGGGGAAGCCAGUGGCCAUCCGGAGCGGCGCCGGGAACAAGGUCGACGGCAAGGCCACGGUGUUCGAGGGACCGGAGCGGGGAGGGAGCAUCUCACUGGAGGUGUGCAUCGCGCCGGACGCGCUGGAGAGGCUCGUCGCCGAUGAGGAGUUCAUGGACGCGGUGAGCAUGCCGGCGUGAGGGCAACGACUACCCAAGGUGGGUUUGGGAAAAAUCCGGAAGGUUCUCGAUGAAGUCCACUUACAAUAAGUUAUGUAGUAAUGAAUCUGGGUGCCAUACACGAUGAUUUGGAAAUCUAAGAUUCCCUUGAAAAUUAAAAUUUGGAUGUGGUUGAUUGAACACAAUGCUAUCCUUACUAAAGAUAACCUCUCUCGGAGGAACUGGGUUGAUGAUAGUAAAUGUGCUUUCUGCAAUGGAGAUGAAACGAUCCUUCACCUGUUCUUUGGCUGUGACAUGGCAAAGUAUGUGUGGAGCCUUGUGACAUUUGUUAUAGGGGCUGAUAAUCGCCCUAGUUCUUUUGAUCAAUACUGGGUCUGGAUUGACAGGCGCCUAGGGAAUAGAAAGCAGUUCUUUAUGGUUGGCUUGGCAGCCAUUUGCUGGGCUAUUUGGAAAGCGAGAAAUGCCUUUUGUUUUGAGAAAAAACUAACCCGCCUACCUACAGAAAUAAUCUGCUCAGAUAGUUCCUUUGUAACAUACUGGGCAGGACUGCAUAAGGAAGACGACAAGAAGGAGCUGGAGCAAGGUGCUGAGGCCCUCAUGAAGACGGCACUACAGUUCCAUCCUCAAA